GUGUCUCCCCAAUCUGUGGAUCACAGGCGAACUAGUCUCUAUGGAAUAAGGAAGGCUCUUUUCACAGGAAAGAGACCACGUGACCAUGCUAAUGAAGAGGAGGAAUAUGGUCUAGCCAGGCAGAUCAAGAAACACAAAACUGCCUCUAUUGUCCAUGAAAAGAACCAGGUUGAAGCGCCUUCAGAAGUGAUGAAGUCUGCUGUGGACAAAAUGGAAAAUGAAGGAGACCUGAUCGGGGAUAGUUCACAGGUUCAUAGUCUCCCAACCAUACAAGGUAGACACAAGGAUCUCAAGUCUGUGUCUCCACAAACGGUCAGUCAGCUCCUUUCUGGAAAGUAUGAUGACGUCAUUUCCUGUUACCAAAUCAUCGAUUGUCGGUACCCCUACGAAUAUGAGGGCGGUCAUAUUGAGGGUGCGGAGAAUCUUCACAACCAGGCUCUGAUCACAGAUUUAGUGACCAGUCUAAAGCAGAGUAACCCCACUCGACGGAACAUCAUCAUCUUCCACUGUGAAUUUUCCUCAGAGAGAGGCCCCAAACUACUGAGACACCUGAGAAACCUUGACCGGAAGCUGAACAGUGACCGUUACCCUUUCCUCUUCUACCCGGAAGUAUACCUGUUAGAUGGUGGAUACAGGGCCUUUUAUGAACAGCAUCAGUCUCAAUGCAAUCCAAGAAACUACGUUCCUAUGCUGCACCAGGAUUUCUCGAAACAACUACGUCACUUCCGAGUGAAGUCCAAGUCAUGGACAGCAGGAGACAAACAGAGCAUGCGCAGUCGACGUCAUCAAAUAGACGCGUCUCCACUCAAGAUGUGUCUAUGGUAAUUUGGAAGAUGAAUUAGUGGCAUGUGGAAUUUCAACCGCUACCCUGGCAAUUGGUCUUGAGGGAUUUGUUAUGUAUUACUAUUGUUUUUGUUGUGUUUUUGCCUGAAUGUUGAGGCAAUAACUGACUACUUUACACAUAC